CGGUUACCUGCGCUGGACACACCUCUCUCGCAUAAAGACCCAAGUGAACACUGACGCUGCAGCGGGCGAGACUGUGCGGCUUUCAGAUCUGACCCCAAACCAGUCAUGGCCGUCCAUCCUACAGUAGUUGUGGCCCAGCCAACAAUGGCCUCCUCAUGGCCUCAGACUCUGAAGACUAAUCAGUGGAGCAGUGACGUCUGUGACUGUUGUGAGGAUAUGGGCAUAUGCUGUUUUGGCUUUUGGUGUCCCUGGUGCCUCUCAUGCAAGAUAUCCAGUGACUUUGGAGAGUGUCUCUGUCUCCCCCUGCUGGACGGUUGCUGUGGGGGAAUCAUACCUCCUGUCACUCUGACCCUGAGAACCGCUAUACGGGAGCGGUACAGCAUCCAGGGCACGGUGUGUAAUGACUGCUGCGUCACUACCUGCUGCACGUGGUGCGUUUGGUGCCAGAUGGCCCGGGAGCUGAAGAGGCACCGGAACCCCGUCGUCCUGAUGGCCGCGCCCCUGGCGGCCGCGCCCCUGGUGGCGACGGCCCCGUAUUCGCCACACCCAGCUCAGCCCCUGCCACCGGGGCUGUACCCAAAGCUGUCAUAGCAACGGUGCCAUAGCAACCUGCUCCCCGAGACAGCUACCAACCCCUCAAUCUGUGCCAACUGCUGACAAUGACUGGUUUGGAUUGUUAAGGCCUAUGCCAAAAAAAAUUAAGGCUUGAUAAUUUCAGCAAAUGGUAAAUGAAUGCUUUGAUCCAAAUUUAGUUCAUCCACCAAAAUGUACAAAGUCUGAUCACAUUUGAAAAGUGUAUGCAUUACACGUAUGCUAUUAUCUACAUGUACUUAAAUAAUCAUAACAAUAAAGCUAAAUAUAUUAAUCACGUUAA